AUGAGUAAUGUAAAUUCAAUUUGUCUUAAAAGUCUAGUAAUUGGAAAUUCACGUGAUGCUAAACAACGAAUGUUGAGUUUUCCAGGAAAUUCAAUGAACCUUUUAAGGUUUGGUGUUGACUUUAAAUUUGUAACAGUUAUUAUUGAUCGUGUCUUUAUCAAAAUGCAAGUAUGGGAUGUUGCUGGUCAAGAAAGGCUCAGAACCAAUAUUGAAGCGUUUCUUCCACAUACAGACAUUAUUUAUUUUGUUUACGACAUGACUGACGCAUCAUCAUUUAGAUUUAUUCAAACAACACUCGACCAAAUAAAUCAAAGAACUCCAUGUAAUUCAAUGAAAAUUCUUGUUGGAUUAGGACGUGAAUUUGAAAGUCAACAAGAAGUUAGUCAAGAAGAAAUUAUGGAACUUUCUUUAAGGUAUAAAAUCAAACACUAUGAAUUUGACUUAGACGAUGACUCUCAAGUAUCUUAUCUUUAUUUCAAAUCAAUUUAUCAAUUCAUCUCUGAAAAUCAAUGCCAAAUUGAAAACCAACAUUCAACAAACAAAUGUGUUAUUGUUUGA